CAUUAAGCGCUCGCGAUAGGCCAGGCGUAACAGAUCGGAACCCAGAGCCUGUGGACAGUGUCCUGCCCGAGCCGGAAGCGUGGGCACAGGACUCGGGCGCAUGCGCACAAUGUGUUGCGGGGGGAGGGGAGGUGUGCCUCCCCUGCGCAGGCGCGGGAUCAGCUGCGACUCGCAGCGCCUCCGACCCGGCUCUAGGUCCGCGGUGAGGUUUGCGGACAGACCCGCAGGCUGGGCUCGCUGUCUCCGGACUUGAUCGGCUGCUCGGGUUGAAAGUGGGCGCCUCUGAGGGAGCAGGAGGAGAAGGUAAUGGAAAAGCCCGUCUGUGGGAACACUGCUCCCGCUGUUCUGCUUCUGCACCUUCUUGUGGCCAGGCGUUACUGGAAAGAGACAAGAGUGGCCUGUACCAAGGUGGGGACCAAUCCAGGAACCAGAUGAGCAGAGAUAUCUGUGUCCACACCUGGCCUGGGUCCUACUACUUAGAACUUGAGAAGCGAUGGGUCCCUGGAAAACUUGCAUUGACUCCUCGCACCCUAAAAUUCACAGCAGAUAAAACGGGAGAGGUCCUGGUCCAUUUCCCUCUGUCUAGUAUAAUCGAGAUCAAGAAGGAGGCUUCCCACUUCAUCUUUAGUUCUCUCACCAUAUUGGAAAAGGACCACAUUAAGCACUGGUUCAGUGCCUUGCAGCCGAGCCGGAAUGCCGUCUUCAGCAUCAUUGAGCAUUUCUGGAGAGAGCAGCUGUUGUCUCAUCCGGGAGCUGCUGCUGAGGUGUCAUCCUCCCCUAUGACCAAGGGGAAGGAGCUGACUGGUCUGAUGGCCUGUUCCCAGAAGCGUCUAGAAGACACAACCAAAGUCCUUCACCACCAGGGUGAGCAGAUUGACAGCAUCGCAAAAGGCCUGGACCAGAUGGAGUCUGACCUGGAGGUGGCGGACAGGUUGCUAACAGAACUGGAAUCUCCUUCUUGGUGGCCCUUUAGUUCCAUGCCCUGGAAAGCACCCUUGGAAACCAAGCCCAGGGCAAGUACCUCAGCAGCAAGUUCUGAAGCAUUUGGGAAAGAAGGGAUAGUGAUCAGAGUUCCUGUUGUUAUCUCCCAGAGAACAGAAUCUCAGGUGAAGCCAGGAAGGCUCACCAUUCUGGUUUCGGGGCUGGAAAUCCACGACUCCAAUUCUUUACUCCUACACAAAUUUGAAAGAGAAGAGGUGGAUGACAUUAAAAUUCAUACACCAUAUGAGAUUAGCAUCCGCCAGCGUUUCAUUGGGAAACCGGACAUCACUUACCGCUUGUUAUCUGCCAAGAUGCCUGAAGUUAUCCCCAUUUUGGAAGUGCAAUUCAGCAAGAAGAUAGAGUUGCUAGAAGAUGCCCUCAUGUUCCGGGGCACUGGAGUUUCUUCCCUGACAGAGAAGGGCUUCUCUGUGUGGCAGGCAGCGUCGGGGCUGAUGGACCGAGCCCUACACGGGGAGCCUUUGGGGAGCCAGGAAGGCAAAUCGCUUCAACUGCAGGUCACUGAGCCACUCAUCUCUGAGGCAGAAGCUCAGGAGCUGAGACAGAUCCUGAGGAAGCUGAAGAGCCUCGCCUUGGAUGCUGAGACAGAGCUGGAGAGGCAGGAUGAGGCCCUGGAUGGCAUCACCACAGCUGUGGACCGGACGACAUUAACCAUCGACAAGCAUAACCGGCGAAUGAAAAGAAUGACGUAGGUGAACUGGAAGACACCGAGGUGACCGCUGUGGACAGAACCACUUCCCAGUAGGCCAUUCUCAGCCCCUGCAUGCUCCCUGAGACAGGACCUGGAAAGUGAGUGCAAGGCCAGGAGGUGGCCUCAGCAGGAGAGCGGUGGGAAGGGGGGUGGUCGUGAUGCCAGAGAGGUCUCCUCACAGGAGGAGAUGCUGCCUGCAGACCACGGGUUUGGAGGAGUCAGGGCCCUGUCAGCCAACCCCAGCAGCACAAAGGCUGCCUCAGCUCAGCAACUGUUUGUACAACCGUAACCCCAGAAAUUGUGCCUCAAACAAACUACAUUUCCAUCCCUCCUCCAUUCUUACCCAACAUAAAGGGACAAUUAAGAGUUUGCGAAAGAACUCCGCUGGUUUCCAAGUGCCCUGUGGUGUCAGCACCUAUGACACAAGCACAGCAAGCCCGAGUCUCCCUGCAUGGACCUCAGACUUCUACUUUGUUCCCCUUUUUCUUCCUGGACAGUUACUUUAAAUUGUUUCAUCAGUCUCUAACUGAAGCCAAGAGUCUGGCACACCACUGGGUCAUUCUGUAAGCGCCUGAAAUAGUCUCCCACUGCCCACUUUCCAGUGUCACAUAAAACAGUACAGGUUGCACUUGUGUUAAAAGCUUUUUGUUUCGAAUGCCCAGCUCUAACCCAAAACAAAAGAGAAGUGCUAAUGUUACGGGUUUUUUUUUUUUUUUUUCAAGAUGUAAUAGACUUUAUCCUAGAGCUCCGCUUCCCCAGAGUUAUGGUAUUUUUUUUAAGGGUGUGUGUGUUUCUAAUAUUUAUUUUAGUGAAAGCGAUAUAGAGAGACCAGAGCCCUGCUCAGGUCUGGCUUAUAAUCAUGCUGGAGAUUGAACCUAGGACCUCAGAGCAUCAGAAAUGAAAUCUUUUACAGAAUUAUUGUGCUGUCUCCCCAGCACUAGGUAUUUUCUUUUACAUUUAUUAUUACUUUUUUAAGUAUUAGUGAUUUAAUAGUGAUCAGCAAGAUUGUGGAAUGAGAGUAGUACAAUUCCAUAAAACUCCCACCACCAGAGUCUCGUAUCCCACCCUCUCCAUUGGAAGCUUUCCUAUUCUUUAUCCCUCUGGGAAUAUUGACCAAAAUUCUUUAUAGGGCGCAGAAGGUGGAAGGUCUGACUUCUAUAAUUGCUUCUCCACUGGUCUUGAGCAUUGACUGAUCAAUCCAUACCCUCAGCUUGUUUCUGUCUUUCCCUAGUAGGGUAGAGCUCUGGAGAGGUGGGGGUUCCAGGACACACUGGUGAGGUCGGUCGUCUGCCCAGAGAAGCCAGGAUGUGAUCAUGGUAGUGUCUGCAACUUGGUGUCUGGAAGGUGGCAGGACAUAAAGUGAGAUAAAAUGGUUAAUGAACAGGAACCAAAACGAAGGAACAGAGCAGAUGAGAUCCAGAAUCCCAGGGUGGAGGAAAACUAGGAAGUCCAAGGGCCCGUGUCUAUGGUAGUCCCUGCCUAAGUUUGAUAGCUGGCAUGAAGUUGGAUAAAAACAUUGUCUGAGAAAAUGGUGUCAGAGUAAAGAACAAAGGGCUAGAAAGUUGGAUAUGGGCAGAGAGUAGCUCCCAUUCUUGAAAAUAUUCUGUAGAUAAAAUUAACUAUUUACCUCCAUCCACGUGUCCCAGGGCCCAUGUAUAUUUCUGUUUAACACCGAGUCUGACCUCUAAGUUCUUCAUGGUCACAGCUGGGAACAUUGCAAGCUGCACUCAUUUCAGGACCAACCUUCCUGGAGAGGCAGGGCAGGAUACCCCAGGCUCCCUUUGGAGACUGGGGCAGUCCCUACCAUAGCUGCUCUAUGGUGAGGGCAAGGUCCUGGGAGGGCCUGCAAGAGGGUUUUUGAUGAUGUUCCUGAUGGAAGACUAGUGGUGGUGCGGUGGUGCUGAGAGAGGGAUCCACUGGAGGUCUAGUCCCAUCAUGUUUGUGUGGGAAUCCAAGGAUUCCCGAACUUGGGCCCCGCACUGGAUAUUUUUAAGACAGUGUUAGUGCUGCUUUUUGUUUGGUUCUAGGUAUCUUGGUAAGUUGGUCUCCAGAAGGGAAAUGGGGAGCAUGAAGGACACAUUAGGAGAGGGAAAACAGGUGGGCGGCCCCUCCCCUCUCACCUGGACCACCUCCAUCCCACUCUGAACUGGGUCUGAGAGACUGUAGACUUGCCUUCACCUUGAAGGGUGUUGCCGUCUGAGUCCCAGUCGUUCCCAGAAUGAUGGAGCAGGAAUUAUACUGGCUUUUCAGUCAGUGGGGACAAUGGUCACAAUCAUGAUGAUGAUAAAAGGAGUAUGUUCUCUGACAGUGAUGGAGACUAGAGGUCUGAGGCCAGGUCUGGAUAGCAGGGCUUCCUUCAGAGGCUCCAGGGGAGCGUCCUUCUUCCCUCUCCCUGCUAUGGCCCUGGUGUCCCUGGCUGGCUUCUUGAUGGCUGCAUCACUUCAGUGGCCAUCUCCCUUCUCCUCUCUUGCUCUCUCUCCUUUCUAUUGAAGAACAUCUGUGGACAGGGGAGCUAGCACAAUGUUUAUGCAAAAAGACUUUUUGUGCCUGAGACUCCAGAGUUGUAUGAUAGGCCUCCCCCACCUCUGCUCACCACCAUAUGCCAGAGCUGAGCAGUGCUGAGGGGCUAGGAGGUAGCUGCCACUGAAGCCAGGGUCCACCCACAUCAUGGUCUUCUUACCUCAGUCUUUGCCUUGGUAACAUUCGCAAAGACCCCAUUCCCAUUUCCACCACAUUAGUCACACUUUGAGGUUCAGGUGGGUAUGAUUUUGAGGUCACCUUGGGUCACCCAGCCUACUCCAGGAAGGCGGGGGAGGUUAUAGCCCUUCUAGAAAGCAGCCUUCCUGAGGGUCUUUGCCAUUCCUGCUUUUUUUCAUUUUUGGUAAGUCAUAUCCAGGAAUACAUUUGCCUUAUUUGGUUUGUAUUCACCAACCUCUAAAGUGAGAAAUGGGCUUGGCCCUUCACAGCUCUUUAUUCUCACACAGGCGUGAAAGCCAUUGCUCUGGCCUUUACUGUAACACAGGGGUUGGGCUUUCAGAGCUUAGGCCCGUUCCAGGAGGCCUGAGGCCUGAGCCCAGUGCAGCCCCUGCUCUCACUCUGGAUGCCAGGGGAGGGGGAGAGAAACUCUUGCAUCUGCAGGUCAGCUGUUGAGAAUUCACGCUGCGCCCAGAGGCUUCACUGCUCUCGGGACUAGCCAGAGGAGCAGGCUCCCAGAGGUGGAGCUAUGGUGUGCGUGGUUCAGGCAAGGAACUCAAAGCAAAACUACACACACAUUCACACUUAGCCAGAGUCUUCUGUGUGGCUUACACAUUCCUCAAGUGUUUCUAAGGAGCAGGCAGAGGAGAGCCACAGGCGAAGCCUGGGGCCGUGGGGCUCAGUGCUCUCAGCUCAGCCUCCACAGCCAGGGGCAUCUGCUUGGUCUGAAAACUGUAGGGCACUGAUGUCCACACUCAGGGGCCCAUAGCACAGGGCUCACUCUCUUGUCACCUAAGGAAGCAUAAUCAAGCAUGAAGGAAUGCAGGCCCCAAGGGGUGGUACCAUUACUGGAUUAUUUUUCUUCCAGAAAUAAUUUAAAUGGACAGACUUUGUACUUGGAAAGCUGAGUAUGAUUUUUUUUUCCUUUUUCUUAUAGAACAGAAAGAAAUUGAGCAGAGGAGUGGGAGAGGUCAAAGGAGAAGGAGGGACCUGCAGCACUGUUUCAUUGUACACAGGACAUCCCCCUUAUAGGUGACAGACCUAGGGCUUGAACCAGGGUCCUUGUGCAUAGUAACAUGUGCGCUCAACCAGGUGCACCAUCCCUCAGCCCCUUGUGCAUGAUUUUAAAGAGCAAAUGACUCUUCUCACUAUUUUUUUAACCUUAAUCUAGAAUUAGCUGUUUUUGUUUUUAACCGGAUAACCUUAGAGCCAAAAGGAGAAGAAAAUCCCAUCUUGGGAUUCAGUUGAAUACCAAGCACUUCUACCUGUUUGCCCAGCUGGUAGUCUCUAAGACAGACAAAAUUGCCAAGAGCCCACUAAAAACGCCCACCAGCUCCACCCCACCAGCUUCCCCAGAUGCUCUGACUCUACCUGCCCCUCAGCCUCGCUCUGUGCGUCAGGCCGCGUGUCUCCCGUGUUUUUUCACUCUGUCGAUGGAAUGUGUCCUGACUCUCCCAUUUGAUCUGCAUGUGUGUCAUGGCGUUUCCUUGAACAGUACUCCUGCACCAACAACUGCCAGGCCUGAUUGGACCUGUGAGUGCUGGGAUGGCCUCUGAGCAGGCCAUCCUGCUGUUGGCGCUACGCUCAGCCCAUCACAGUCCACAGAUGCAGCAAAUCAUGCGAGUGUGACACCAUCACUGAGCUGAAGGGAAACUGCUCUGACCUUCCAUCUGCAACUCCGGCUCCUCUGAUGUUUGAGGCAGGGAGUACUUUUUCCACCCACAGCCAGGCAGGGGUUAUUAUUUUGUCCUUUGAGUCAUAGGGUCUCCUGUGCUCUUUGCAUAAAGGCAGCCUGGACCAGAGAGCAGGUGGACUUUCUGUUUUCCAAUAAAAUCACCUGUGAAAUGAGA